AUGAGAACAAUAUACGCAAAGCAGUCGAGGCUGGUCAGCGUCUAGGCGUACAACCCAUACUCACGCCCAAGGACAUGGCUAACCCUGAAGUAGAGCAUUUAGGCAUAAUGGCUUAUGCCGCGCACUUGCAAUGGGUGCCACCGCGCCCACCUCUUUCUGACCUCAUAAACGUACUUAUGGAAAGCAAUUCUGGACGCGUCGGCGAGCCGACUCACUUCCGCAUCGAUGUGCUCUCGCGCGACAUUAGCCUUAGCACGGUGAAAGCUUUUGUAGUACCGCCAUCAGGUCAACCACAGCCGGUACGUUUAAAUCCACAUGGCGAGGGUGUCUACAUACCCGAAAAGUACGGCAUGCACGAGAUUAUUGUAGAGAUCGGCGAGGACAGCUUGGGCGGACACUUCUUCCGUGUGCUGCCACGAUUUAUACAAGUAGCGCCACCAGGUAUGGCACCCUGUGCACUCGGCAGUCUUGUUGAAGUGCUGGUAAAUGCAACCGGCGCGCCAAAGACCGAAGACAUACUGGUCACAGCCGUCUCGCCGACUGGCAUCUCGCACAACUGCCCAUUGAAGAAGGUCGACGAAGGACACAGUGCCAUAUUUAAGCCGGACGAAGCGGGAAUCUGGGAAAUCGCCAUCACCUAUCAGGGUCGUCACAUACAGGGCGGACCAUUCACUUGUGCCGUCUUCGACGCCAGCGGUGUCUCUGUGCAUGGUUUGGAUGGCGCUAUGCCAUUGCGCGCGCACUCCUUCGAAGUGGAUGCGCGCGGCGUUGGCGUCACUGGCGAACUGCAUGUUGACAUUGUACAUGAUAAGCGCUCGCUUGUAUGUUCCGUUGAGAAAAUUGUCGAAAAUAAAUACAGGGUCACUUUCAUGCCACGUCAUAAUGGCAAAUAUCGUGUCUAUGUAUAUUUCAAUGGUUACGAUGUGAAAGGCUCGCCAUUCAUUAUGCGCGUCGGCACCAAGGGCCGCUCGGGCAAAACGCGCAGUAGUCCCUUGCACGAGAGCAAACAUCGCUCGGAGAGUCCUUCAAUGCAUUACACCUCAACUACAAAUACAAGGCACAAUGACUACAGGAACGCAACAUCCGCAGCGACAGCCUCGCUAUCGCGGCGAGAUUUAUUGAAUCACAAUAGCUCGGAACGGCAGAGAUCAUAUUCACCACAGAUAUCGCCGAAGGUCGAUGCGAACGACUACCGCACCACAUCGAGCUACUACAAAAGGGAGAGUGAGGACGAAUUGGCAACAUCCACUCCACCACCACUGGCUCCCCAAUACCUCACACGCGAUCAACACAACAAUUCGCCUAAUACUAAGUAUUUCAAUUCGACCGAUUUAUAUACCCUAAAUACUGCACGCCGUGACUCGAAGGUCUCUUCGAACUCUUCGACAACCAAGAACGACUACUACUACGACAAAGAGAAUGAGUUGUACUCGUAUCAUCGUAAACGUAAAGAUCGUGACUUGAAGUUGGCACCACCGCGCGAAGAACGCUUCGACGACUCGCCAACGCAGGCGCCAUCGCUUUACCAACAAUUCCAUGUGCUGCAGCAGCAGCAGCAACAACAGAGUCACACCGCCAGCGCCAAGGCGGCAAGCACUUUUACUACGACACGUCUCAGCCCGAUACCUAGCAUACGCUCGAGUGAAGUACGCACCCACAGUCCAUUGACAAUUAAAACUUCGAUUCCAUAUGAAUCGAAUCCGCGCAAUUUAAGCAACAGUCCACGACACACCUCGAUUUCGCCGGUGCAACGCUAUUCGCCUAGCAACGCCUACAUUUCAACAGCCACACAUCGAAUCGGCAGCCCAGUCACAACUCUGAAUAAGAACGGUCUUAACCGCUCCGACUAUGAAACUUCUCGCACUGUUGAAAAAAUCCGCUUGCGUCGCACUGCCUCACCCGAACCGCGCAUCGAUCAUUCGUCGAAUGUGCGUGUGUCAUCGGUUAAACCGACAACGGCGCGACGCGACAGCUGGGAUGUUAUCAAUAAAACCAAGCAUAUGCUUUCACAUAAUUCGCUCGAAUCUUUGGCAAAUAUGACGGAAAAGCAACUAAAUACGGACCUCUCGUAUAAUCGACCCGAUAUCGAUCACGAAACACAUCGCAAUACACAAUACAACAAAUUUGCAUUACAAGAACAGAAAUAUCACUCAGAUCGACGUGGAUCACGUGAUUCUGUCGAUGAUGUGGAACGUUACAAACCCAGUGCCAUUACAGUGAAAUCACAUUCGAACAACACUUAUACCGACAAAUCAGGUGGCUAUACAAAAACUGUUAAGGAAUCUAGUGAACACGUUGUUACGGAGCGCACUUCUGGUGGUGCGGGCGCUGGAAAUGGUCAAUAUGGUUAUAGUUCAUUAUCGCGAUUUCGACCCAUAGACAACAAUGCAACCGGAGCGCGUGCUAUACGUGUACAAGAUAUACCAAACGGUGCCAUUGGACGUCCCGUUGAAUUUGAGAUUGAUGGCUCAAAGGCGGGUUCGGGAAAUUUGGAAAUACUCGUCAAUGGUGGACGUGUCACAUCGUCGGUACGUUCGCUGGGCGGUCAACGCUUUGUAGCUAGCUUUACACCGCACGAGCCGGGCAUACACACUGUGCAGAUAACUUUCAAUGGAGAAACAGUGCCGGGUGAGUGA